AUGACACCUGGUGUUCCAGCAGAGUCCUCGGGAUCCCAAGCUUUGGUCCCGCUUCAGCCCAAGCCGCCGCCGCAGAGCACCGUACAACAGAGCCAGCCCGUCCAGCAGGGAGAGAAGCCCAUAAUUACCUUGGAGUCUGCAGUCAACCAGAAGAGGGUGGAGUUGAAGUCAGCACCGAAGCCUGAGAGUAAAGGCAAGUUAGAAAAGCAAGCAGAUGAGAUCAAACCACGACCUAGACCUGGAGACCUGAUUGAGAUUUUUCGAAUUGGCUAUGAGCACUGGGCCAUCUACGUGGAAGACGACUGUGUGGUCCACCUGGCCCCGCCGACUGAAGGAAUUGGGGCCCGUAGCAUCACUUCGAUCUUCAGCAACCGCGCAGUGGUAAAAUACAGCCGUCUGGAGGAUGUGCUCCAUGGCUGCUCCUGGAAGAUCAGCAACAAGCUGGACGGGACAUACCUGCCCCUCCCUGUGGAGAAGAUCAUGCAGCGCACCAGAAACAUGGUCAACAAGAUAGUGCAGUACAGCCUGAUGGAAGGGAACUGCGAGCACUUCGUCAACGACCUCAGAUACGGCGUGCCCAGGAGCCAGCAGGUAGAGCACGUUCUGAUGGAAGGCGCCAGGGCUGCAGGCGUCGUCAUUUCGGCUGUUGUGGAUGGCAUAAAGCCCAAACCGGAAGGAGCCUUGUUUGCUUCUUAGGCCAACUCUAGUCUGCAAUGCUGGGAAAGCUUCAGGAACAUCAUGGAGAGCUUCUGUUUAAACAUUUCCAAUAAUGAAGAACUC